UUAGCUCAAACAAAAUGGAAGAAAUCUUAAGCAAUCAGAUUAUGACAAUAAAGCAUAGCAUAGAAGGAGCACCAAAUGAAGAUGAUUUUGAGGUUUUAACUACAAAUAUUAGCACAUCAUUAAUUAAACCAGGCUCCAACAGUGUCCUUGUUAAAUGUCUUCAACUUUCAAUGGAUCCUUACCAACUUAAUCGCAUGAAGAGUUUUAGUACUUCUCAAAAUUCAGUAGCUGUGGCUUUCAAAUUGGUUCCUGGCAAGUUAAUUGAUGGAUAUGGAGUUGGAAAAGUUGUGGCUUCAGGGCAUCCUAACUUCCAAAAGGAUGACUUAAUUACUGGACUAUUGAAUUGGGCACUAUAUGUCGUGGUGGAGGAUCUCAAUUUGUUGCAAAAAUUAUUAGAUCCUACGGAAUUUCCCUUAUCGUAUCACCUUGGAAUACUUAGAGUUAGCGGACUCACAGCAUAUGCUGGGCUAUUUAAAGUAGGCAAACCAAAGAAGGGAGAGAGGAUAUUUGUAUCAACUGCUUCAGGAUCUAUUGGAAGUUUAGUAGGACAAUACGCUAAAUUAUUUGGUUGCUAUGUUGUUGGCUGCGCAGGUUCCACUGAAAAGGUUGCUAUUUUACAGGAAAAACUUGGCUUUGAUGGUGCAUUCAAUUAUAAAGAAGAGAGUGACUUGAAAUUGGCUCUUCAAAGGUACUUCCAAGAAGGAAUUGACAUAUAUUUUGACAAUGUGGGUGGUGAGAUGCUAGAAGCUGCUGUUGCAAACAUGAACCCCUUUGGUAGAGUGGUUGCAUGUGGUGUUAUGUCUCAGUACACCGAUCCUACUAAGAGAAAAGGCGGUCCCGACAUGAUCGACAUCAUUUAUAAGCGGAUCACCAUUCAAGGAUAUCUUGGUAACGAUUACAGUGAUGAGCAUAAUUUCGCAGAAUUUGUAUCCACAACAUCAAGCUACCUCAAAGCAGGUCAAAUGCAGGUGCUUGAAGAUAUACAUGUUGGUAUAGAGAACAUCCCUUCUGCUUUUGUAGGUCUCUUUCGUGGCCGUAACAUUGGCAAGACUAUUGUUAAAAUCGCGGAUGAUUAACUUAUUCGAGUUUUGUUUACUCCAUCCUUUCCCAGUUGAUUCUAAGGGUUUACUCUUAUUUGGGAGUUGGUAAUGAGAAUAGUAUUAAGUUUUGUACUCUUCACUUGAAAUAGAGUGUUUUCUCAAUGAAUGUACAUGUAUAUAAAAGAAAAAACAUUAUCAAGUGAGUGGUUGUUAGAUUCACCUCAAUGUAUAAGACCUGUUUUUAUAUAUUCAGCUUAAUUUCAAUUUAGUU